CACAGGUUGUUGUGAAAACGAGCUGGUGGGAUAGAUCCGGAUAGACCACAGGGAGAAAGUGAUUUCACGUUGUUUUUAAUAAUUUUAUUGCGUGGGCAAACUGUACUAAUGGAAUAUUGGAGUAUUUUUUUCUUCGAGGUGGAUACAAGGAUAACCCACAAAUAAAGGGACAUUUUACUACUGUAGUUUUACUGUAUGUGGAUCGACGCAGAUACCGGAAUGGCACAUUUGGGAGUAGCCUAACAAAUCGUAUGGCACACUUUGAUUUAUAAAUCUUACAUUUCCGUUGGGUAUUUUUUUGUGAAACUUGCUGUUUAAUCAACAACAAAUUGAGGAAUAACGUAUUUUAUAGAUAUUAACGCAUUUAAAGUGAGCAAACAUGCCGCUGCCGGAGUUGAUCACGGUCACGGAAUUUGUGGCUGAAACUAACGAGGACUACAAAGCGCCCACAACCUCGAAUUUCACCACUCGGAUGUCCCAUUGUCGGAACGCCGUGGCAGCAUUAGAAGAGGCUCUAGAUGUAGACAGAGGAGUACUUCACAAGAUCAAGAAGUCUGUCAAGGCCAUAAACAUCUCUGGCCUGGCCCACGUUGACAAUGAGGAGCAGUACAUUCAGUCUAUGGAGAAGUUCGGAGACAACUGUGUCUCUAGAGAGGAUCCGGAGGUGGGCUCAGCCUUACUCAAGUUCGCCAUCUUUACCAAAGAGCUCACAGCCCUCUUCAAGAACCUGGUG